AUGGGGAAUGAUACCACCUCCAUUACAGAGUUCAUCCUCCUGAGAUUCCCUCUUAACCCAAGGAUGAAGAUGUUCCUCUUUGGCCUCUUCUCCCUGUUCUACACUUCCACCUUGCUGGGUAAUGGGCUCAUCCUGGGGCUCAUCUGCCUGGACAGCAGGCUUCACACCCCCAUGUACUUCUUCCUCUCACACCUGGCCGUUGUGGACAUUGUAGCCUGCAACACGGUGCCCCAGAUGCUGGUGAACCUGCUGAACCCAGACAAGCCCAUCUCCUUUGCGGGCUGCAUGACUCAGACCUUUCUCUUUUUGACUUUUGCUAUCACAGAAUGUCUCCUCUUGGUAGUGAUGUCCUAUGACCACUAUGUGGUCAUCUGCCACCCUCUGCGGUACUCUGCCAUCAUGAGCUGGAGUGUCUGCAUCACCCUGGCAGUGACUUCCUGGACCACUGGAUUUCUUCUGUCCCUCAUUCACCUCAUGUUACUUUUACCUUUACCCUUUUGUAUGUCCAAGAAAGUCAAUCACUUCUGUGAAAUAAUGGCUGUUCUUAAACUUGCCUGUGCUGAUACACACAUUAAUGAGAACAUGGUCUUGGCUGGGGCAGUGUCUGUGUUGCUGGGACCAUUCUCCAUGAUUGUAGUCUCAUAUUUGUGCAUCCUCUGUGCUAUCAUGAAGAUCCAGUCAGGAAAAGGUAAAAGAAAAGCCUUCUCCACCUGCUCCUCCCACCUCUGUGUGGUUGGACUCUUCUAUGGCACAGCUAUUAUCACGUAUGUUUCACCCAGAUAUGGGAACCCCAAGGAGAAGAAGCAAUAUCUCCUGCUGUUUCAUAGCCUUUUCACCCCUAUGCUCAAUCUCCUGAUCUAUAGUCUUAGGAACUCAGAAGUGAAGAAUACUUUAAAUAGAGGUCCUUUCUUCCCACUUCUGCUGCAGCAGAGAGGCCCAGAUGACAUCACAGAGAAGCUGAGCUGCAUUCUUGGUCACACUGGUCCUACUUCCCAAGACUCACCUGUUCCCUAUGGAGACCGGGAAGAUGGCAGUGCAGAAAGGCCAAUCUUGCCAACUGUCCAGGGACUGCAAGGAGACCUUUCAUCCCAGAGGUUCCUCACAAACCUGAAUGCACGUGAGCUCACUCAGUCACUCAGGCUCUCCUGGGCUACAUCUGCAGGACUGUACCAAAACUCCUGGAGUUGA